AUGACCACUCUCUUGCCUGAGAACUAUGACCACACUUUGUGCUCAUACCAACCACUGGGAGAAACACAGUUCAGAUCCUCGCUGAAGUUGAAACUGUGCUCUGAGGAAGAGGAGAAGGACUUCCAGAGAACAUCAGACUUGACUUGCUUCUACGGGCAAAUCAAAGUUCGAGUGGACCUAAGAUGCCAGCAUAAUACAAGGUCCAGUUCAGCCAGAAGUACCAACAACACUUGUUAUGGUGCAAUAAAGUACCUCAUCUUGAAGAGGUCCACUCAUACCCAACCAAGAGAAUCAAGAUUAGUAAUAUAAAUGCAAAAAAUAUACCUCUUUCAUGUCUGUCUACAGAACAACCCCAACCACAGUCUGACAAGUGCUGAGGGACUGAAGAGGAGAGAUGUCAGGGACACCAUUGAGAAAUUGACAAAGCUGUUUGAAAUAGACCACUCUCCUUCAUCAGCUCUAAAAACGAUCAAAUAUGAGGUGGAUGUGCAUGCCUCUGUGGAUCGCUCCAUUUGCCCCGACCUUCAAUUCUGCUACAAGUCAGUAUUCUCUCCUCCUACAAUAGACCGUGGCAAUGCGUCUGAGGACACCGUUGAAAUUGAGCGUGCUCCCGUUUCUGAUGUUAACGGCUCAGGUACAUCUGGAAAACUAGCUGAGGGGGUGACGUUAGAGGAAGAGUGGAUGGACAUCUUUGAAGACCUCAAAAAGAGGAUGAGGGAGGAUCCUGUGAGUUUCAGGCCUGCAGUAGCAUCCUUCGUUUCCAGCUUAAAGAAGAUGAAAACAGACAGUGAACUCAUAGCCGCACUACCAAACUUUGGCAUAACCAACCCUGGACCAACAGCAAAGUUUUACCGGGGACGGGCACGCCCCACAGAGAGCUCCGUAGGAGAGCAUGGACAUGGCACAUGCAGCUGGAAGAGGAAGGCACCCCAUUGAAUGUCUCAGUGUGUGGAAUAACACAUGGACAUUGGGAGUACUACACACAAAAAAGCAAGUCAACAUCAGUGGCCCCCUGUGCCCAUCAUCCACCUGCUCACCAUCUGUGACCUCCAGUGCACUAGCGCUCUGCCUACCGGCUCUAGGUCUCCUCCGCCUUGAACAAAACCAGGGACUAUUUCAAUGCAUUGUGGCCUCUCCAACACCAGAACCAGUGGCUAUUUCAAUAUUGCAUUCUUGCCUUUUUGUUUUACGUUAAUUCAAUGGAAGACGUUUCUGCAAUUUCAUAUCUUUUUAAAAUUGAUUCCAUGUUGAAGGACCAUCAGAUUUUAAAAAGCUGUUCUGCUAACCCAGUUGCAGGCCUAUACUAUCACUGAACCAAAGCAGUAGUUGUCUUGACUUAUAUCUCAAAUUGUAUUGGUCACAUACACAUGGUUAGCAGAUGUUAAUGCGAGUGUAGUGAAAUGCUUGUGCAUAUACUGGUAUAUGUUGUGCAUCAAGUUGUGUCCUUUUUAUGUUGAACAAAUGCAAGACUACAAUUUUAAUGAUGGGUUGUAAGACACAUAAUUAAGUGUUUAUUUGUACAUUAAAAAAAAAUAUCCAGAGGGG